CAGGUUUUGUAAAACUGAUAGCGCUGCUUCUAAAAGAAAACGGUGUUAAAUCAUUAGCACGUGACUUCAUUGUGAACUAAUCAGCUUAUCAGAAUAUUUCCUUUAACAUUAAUUUUUCUGGGUGUUGGUUUUCACCUUAAUUCACCUCGUUUUUAUCCAUCCACUCUUUUCAUGAUUUUUACUAACUGAUUUCGUCAGAAUGAACUUGCAGAAGGAUUCCAGACUCCCGGAUCCGCAGUAUGGUUAAGCGAUGUUGUAAAGCUCAUUGAUGGACUUUAACAGACAGACGAACGGACCAACAGCUGCUCUCAAUCCCCCGACUGUCCAAUAAUCUCCCAGUCUGUGCUAAUGCUGUCUGCUGAUUGGUCACAGAUGCUCCUGCCUCCUCCAGUGCUGAUUCCUCUCCUCUGGCCAAGGUUGCAGUAUCCGUACCAGGACGCGUCCGGAGCGCUCUUUACGCACCGAGCGCAGACUAAUCAACGAGGCGCUGCUGUUGCUUCUUUUUGCGCACAACAGAGGAAUCUCCCACCAGACGCAGCCAUGGAUGAAAUGGAGGAAGAGUUAAAAUGCCCCGUCUGUGGCUCCUUCUACCGAGAGCCCAUCAUUCUGCCUUGCUCCCACAACAUUUGCCUGGCGUGUGCGCGGAAUAUUCUCGUGCAGACCCCGGAGGCUGAGUCUCCACAGAGCAGCCGAGCCUCCGGAUCCGCCGUCUCAGAUUAUGACUACCUGGAUUUGGACAAAAUGAGUUUGUAUAGUGAGUCAGACAGUGGCUACGGUUCCUAUGGAGGGUUCGUCAGCGCGCCGACCACCCCUUGUCAAAAAUCCCCAAACGGGGUUCGGGUUUUUCCCCCGACUGUCCCACAGGCUGCCCCGCAGCAUCACCUUCUCCCGCACCCGGCGUCCUUGCCUCCAAUCCCCCGCAACUCGUGCAUCACCUGUCCACAGUGCCACCGCAGCCUGAUCCUAGACGACCGGGGACUCCGUGGAUUCCCCAAGAACCGGGUGCUGGAGGGGGUGGUGGGCCGGUAUCAGCAGAGCAAGGCGGCCGCUCUUAAAUGUCAGCUGUGCGAAAAGAGUCCAAAAGAAGCCACCGUGAUGUGCGAGCAGUGCGACGUGUUUUACUGUGACCCGUGCCGCCUGCGCUGCCAUCCUCCCCGCGGUCCGCUCGCCAAGCACCGCCUGGUGCCGCCGGCGCAGGGCCGGAUCAGCCGGCGCGCCAGUCCCCGCAAAAUCUCCACCUGCACCGAACACGAACUGGAGAAUCUGAGCAUGUACUGCGUGCAGUGUAAGACGCCUGUGUGUUAUCAGUGUCUGGAAGAGGGGAAGCACGGCACGCACGAAGUCAAAGCUUUGGGCGCAAUGUGGAAACUACACAAGGGUCAGCUGUCCCAGGCUCUGAACGGCCUGUCAGACCGAGCCACCGAGGCCAAGGAGUUCCUGGUUCAGCUGAGAAACAUGGUGCAGCACAUCCAGGAAAAUGGCGUGGAGUUCGAGGCCUGCUUGGUGGCUCAAUGUGAUGCCCUCAUCGAUGCCUUGAACCGCCGCAAGGCCCAGCUGCUGGCCCAGGUCACCAAGGAGCAUGAACACAAGCUGAAGGUGGUUCGGGAUCAGAUCUCUCACUGCACGGUGAAGCUGCGACAGGCCACGGGACUGAUGGAGUACUGCCUGGAGGUCAUCAAGGAGAACGACCCCAGCGGUUUCCUGCAGAUCUCUGACGCUUUGAUCCGGAGGGUACACAUGACGGAGGGUCAGUGGGGGAAGGGAACCCUCACCCCGAGGAUGACCAGUGACUUUGACCUCACCCUGGACAGCGGACCCCUCCUGCAAACCAUCCACCAGCUGGACUUCGUACAGAUGAAAGUCCCAGCUGCUCCCAUGCUACAGCUAGAGGAAUGCUGCACACAGAACAACAGCGCCACGUUGUCAUGGAAACAGCCGCCUCUCUCCACCAUCGUCGUUGAGGGAUACAUUCUGGAGCUGGACGAUGGAAACGGGGGGCCGUUCAGGGAGGUGUAUGUGGGGCCGGAGACCAUCUGCACGGUGGACGGGCUCCACUUCAACAGCACGUACAAGUCCAGAGUGAAGGCCUUCAACGCUAGUGGAGUGGGCCAGUACAGCAAGACGCUGAUCAUGCAGACUUCUGAGGCUGGAGUCCCUCCAUGUGAUAUUCAGUCUAUAAGCACAGUUGCAUGGUUCACCUUUGACCCGGCCUCGGCUCACCCAGACAUCGUCUUCUCCAACGACAACCUGACCAUCUCGUGCAACAGCUACGAUGACCGGGUGGUGAUGGGCAGCUCCGCUUUCUCCCGUGGCGUUCAUUACUGGGAAAUGACAAUCGAUCGCUAUGACAACCAUCCCGACCCAGCUUUUGGCAUCGCCCGGGGAGACGUCUUAAAGGACGUGAUGCUGGGGAAGGACGACAAGGCCUGGGCCAUGUACGUGGACAACAACCGCUCCUGGUUCAUGCACAACAACUCACACACCAACAGGACGGAUGGUGGCAUCACUAAAGGAUCCACAAUAGGGGUUCUGCUGGACUUCACACGCGGGCUCCUCAUCUUCCUCAUCAACGAUGAGCAGCAGGGUCCAGUUGCCUUCGAAGGCCUGGAGGGCACCUAUUACCCCGCCAUCAGCCUCAACCGGAACGUACAGCUCACACUGCACACUGGUCUACCCAUCCCUGACUUUUACACCCCCGGGGAGGCAGAUCCGACUAGCUCCGUAUGCUGAAGACUCACCUCAGCAAGGACAACCCUCCUCUGGAUUUCCCACUUCCCCUUCCCACCUGUCAAAACUCCGAUCUCUCCUUCGUUCUCCUCAUCAGCGAGAUGCCAACCAUCCUGAGCCAUAUCUUUUACGUGUACAAACUUGUGCAGGACAAUUUCCACACAUGCGGUGCUUCGCCACCCAUAACUUGAGUUUUGACAGCACUUAAAAAGGUCAGAGGUAGUUUAAAUUUAAUCUUCAUGUAAAACAGAUGGAUUUUAAAUGCUAUAAAUCAUAUUUUGGCACUGAGAGACAUGUGCUAAUCUGCAUUUGGGUUGAGAUGAUGAGAGGAAUGACACAGCUUCAUUAUUAAUAGUAAAGCUAAAGGUAAUAAUAGUUUCCAGGGCUAGAAACGGAAAACUUCUGAGAGUCCAUUUAUCAGAAUGUUUCCCAGAAUGUCAAACUCUUUCUGAAAGGGAGUUUUCUGUCAUUGUGGAUGAUUCUGUCUCACUCUUCUCACAUAGUUCAGUACGUUUUAUCCUUUUGCUCUGAGUGAAUCAUUUAAAGCCAAAAUGUAAGAAAGAAAGUAUUUUUGUGUGUGAGGGUGAGCUGAGGCUGGAAGAACCCAGGAUCAGAGCGGUAGUCCAACUUUCAGCCGUUUCAUUUGUCCGUAAAUGACAGCUUUAUUAUUUUAGUGGCUGUGCUCAAGUGAAACUUCAGUUUUUUAUUGUUAUUAUUACAGCAUUGGAGUAAAGUCUUUAUUUAACCUUUCUCUGCAGUGCAGUUUGUAAAACUGGAGGUGAUGGAUUUUGGUUGUAUAUGUUUGUAUCAUAUAGAAGUGAGAUAAACUGGUUUUAUGACUGUGAAGAUGUUUUAUUAAGGUGCUAAAGCAGCUCUGCAUAGUUUUGGUUUUUUUUUUUUUACUGUGACUGAAUACUGGUAGUUUUGUAUUAUUGUUACUGGAAUAAUCUAUUACGAAAGGUGUUUAUUAAAUAAGUUAUUGAUGGUAAGAGUUUUUUGUGAGAAUUAAUCCUUGUUCCCUAUAGUAACAGAAAGAAAGAAUUUUUUUUUGCUUUAAAAUUUCAGCUUAGAGAUUUUUUGGAGAUAAAGAGGCUAUUUUGUUCACUUUUCUACUAAAGAAACAGGAGGCGAGACACUGGAAUGUUUUUAGCUUCAUGACAUAGAGCUUAGACAAUUAAUACGACACAACUAGAACAACAAACUAUGAACCACUCGGCUCAAAAGUGGCCAACCGAUUCUCACACAUGAAACAAAGCAUAAGAAAUAGAAAAUAAUUGUUCUGUUAGGCCAGGAUUUGCUAUUUGGAACCAAAUACACAGUUAUAUGCUGACCAUUGCCGACCACGCCAUCGUCUGUACACUCCCAGUGAAAGUUUUGACAUCUAAAUAUGUGAAAUUUGUUGCCAUUAAGUCAUAAAAUAAAUACAUAUUUUAGCAGUACUUAAAAGUCUACAGCUUAGCUUUCUAUUCGUACCGUGUUAAAGCCCAAAGGCCAAGUGUUUCUGUUUUUUUCCACCAACUGUCAACGAUGUGAAAAUACCUCAGUUUUACAAGUCAUUACUGAAAAUAGCAUUUCUGUGUGCACUCUAAAACUGAAGUGUUUGGUGGCGCAACGAGCAAAAGUAUAACAUCGUGUUCAUGUUCAUGAUUUCAUUCAUACAAUCGUGUGAAAUAAGAACUGAAGAUCCGAUCUGUUGCUAAAUAAACGUCAGCAGCAAA